GGAUCUUACCUCUUCACUCAAGUGACGCUGCAAUCAAGUAAUAUAUUUUUUCCGCCCUAACAGGCAUUAGCAAAAACUACGAGGGAAAAAGAAACUUUCAUCCCAGUGGAAUAAGUAUAAACACGCGGCUGGUUUUGAAAGAAGACUACCAUCUUGGACACUUGCGAACGUUGGGAGAGUUUGACAGUUUUCUGGGGGAGGAAGCUGGUGGAAAAACUGGGUUUACGGUUGUUGGAAUCGAACCCUGGACUUUUGGCAUCCGCCAUGGAUGGAAAAGAGAAGUACAAGGUGGUCCGGAGAUACUGUUCGGUCGGCUCUAUCACGAAGCUACUGCUCUGUUUUACGUUUUUGGUGAUUUCAAGAAGAGACCCAGUCGUGGCGCUAACAGUGGUGAACCAGAGCCCCCUGAUGGACCCCAUCAACACGUCAUACAUCAAGUGUGUCACAGACGAACCGGGAGAGAUCGUCACCUUCUCCGCCGUGGACGAGUUCUUACUCCCUGAGAACGCCACUACAGACGAUAUCGCCCCUGAAGAGUGGCCCGGGAAGAUGAUGAUUUUACCGCCGCAUCCCGAGGACGGGUACAACCGGCUGGGCACGUACAACUGUGCCUCCUUCACCGCCAGUAUCAACACCGUCAAGAUGCCUGCUGACGCCACGGUGAGACCGGACGUGUACACCAAGACGUUUAACGCUGGGGAGGAGAUCGAGAUCAGCAUGACAGAGUUUUCUACACCGUCAGGAGCAUCGUUGACUUGGUCCUUCAAUGGAGAACCGCUGGUCAACAGUUUCGCCAGUAGUCAGGUCAGUCUGCAAUCUGCCACUUCCGCCCAGUCCGGAACCUACCACUGCUACCACGAGGGGUACAAGGAGAAGGGCGCACUCACUAGGGUCAUCGUGAGAGAAUGUGCAGCAGGAAAGUGGGGUCCGGGAUGUUUCCUGGGUUGUAGCGAGUGUUACAACGGCGGCUGGUGUGAUGACAUGACCGGGCAGUGUGUCUGCCCGCCUGGAUUCUACGGAGAAACCUGCGACAUCGCUUGCGGACCGGGCAGGUUUGGUUUCGAGUGUCGGAAGGCCUGCGAUGACAUCACGGAAGACGUGUCUGCCUGCAUGGGCAAACUGUUCUGUGUCCCUGACCCGUUUGGCUGCUCCUGUAUCCCCGGAUUCACUGGAAUCGGCUGCAACGAACCCUGCCCGAGGGGUAAAUACGGAGCGGGCUGUACCCAGCAGUGCCGCUGUCGGCUCAACCUACCCUGUGACGCCAUCACUGGGGAAUGUACUAACGGAUGCGCGGAUGGAUACAUGGGGCCUUCGUGCCAAAAAGCCUGUAUGGUGGACAAUGGUGUGUCGUAUCAAGGCCCGGUCUCUACCACAGAAAGCGGAUACACCUGCCAGAGGUGGGAUUCCCAGAAUCCCUGGCAGCACGGCUUCAAUGUAGAACGGACACCGAUGCUUCAGGAAAACUACUGCCGUAACCCUGACAACGAGCCACGCCCUUGGUGCUACACGACCAGCUUCGCCAAGCGGUGGGAGUACUGUAACAUUGAACAAUGCGAGGAAGUUGAUAAUUGUAGCCCAGAGACCUGCCAAAAUGGCGGCACCUGUCGGAACGGCUUCAACACCUACCUGUGUGUGUGUCCCAGGGGGUACACUGGACCCAACUGUGAGACAGAAAUUGACGAAUGCUCUUCGGACCCGUGCCAGAAUGGCGGAACGUGUAUAGACGAUGUGGGCUUCUAUGAAUGUGAAUGCGCGGAGGGAUUCCAUGGAACGAACUGUGAAGAAGAAACUAACGAAUGUCUGUCGGAGCCGUGUGAGAAUGGAGGGACUUGUCUGAACACGGAAGAAGGACUCAAGUGCGCCUGUGUGGGAGGGUUUACUGGGACGUUUUGUGAGACAGAAAUCGACGAAUGUCUGUCCAGCCCCUGUAUACACGGAGGAACGUGUUACGACUUCCAGAACUACUACGUCUGCGACUGUAGAUUCGGGUACGCUGGAGACCAUUGCGAGGAUGAAUUGGAAAUUGACUACUGUCUGCAGAACCAGUGCCAGAAUUCAGCCCGCUGCGUCAGCGGAAACAGGAGCUACAUGUGUCUGUGUUCCACCGAAUACACCGGCGACUACUGUGAGCAAAAUUUGGCAGAUCUUGAAAAAAUCCCAACGGCCAACAUCAUCGCAGCGGCCAUCGCGUCCGUCGUUGUGAUCGCCGCCAUCGCGCUUGGGGCGUACCUGUACAUCAAGUCUUACGAGGCUCAGCGCGUCAUACCGCUGAAGAAGAAAGAAACACCUUUAGUUGACGCGGAGGGAGGACAACAGGCGAAGAAGGGAUCACAUCUUUCUGAAAGCACGGUGUGA